AUGGAUUGGGGGAAAGUCUAUUUAACAGCAGAGCCUAUUAUCGAUUGCAGCAUGGGCAACUCUUGCCCCCCACCAAAAAAUCUAUCUAUCUAUCUAUCUAUCUAUCUAUCUAUCUAUCUAUCUAUCUAUCUAUCUAUCUAUAUAUAUAUAUAUAUGGUUUCUCAUAUAUUUCCAUAUGUUCAUAUUUUAAUCUGUUCAUAUCUAUCUAUCUAUCUAUCUAUCUAUCUAUCUAUCUAUCUAUCUAUCUAUCGCAGAUUGAUAAAAUCUUUUUAUACUUAUUUAGUUUCCAUGCCCGAUUCCAAUCAUUCCAGCGAUGAAGGUUGCAAUGCCUUCAACAAGAACACCACGAUUCAUGGCGUGUUUUGGCGGGGAACUUACGUAACAUAUCUUCGCGCAUGCGUCAUAGUCAGCAAUGGAAUCUAUGAUGGCAGUAAUCAUAGCGACGAAGAACGAGAUGAUGGUGCUGGCUGA